AUGAAUAGAAUCAUAUUCUAUGAGGACAGAAACUUCCAGGGUCGCUCGUAUGAGUGCGACACCGACUGCCCUGACAUGCACCCCCAUUUCAGCCGCUGCAACUCCAUCAAGGUGGAAAGUGGUUGCUGGGUGCUGUAUGAGAAGCCCAACUACACUGGCUACCAGUAUGUUCUGACCAGAGGCGAGUACCCAGACUACCAGCGCUGGAUGGGCUACAAUGACACCAUCCGCUCCUGCCGUACCUUCUCCUAUACCAGCGAGGGGCCCUACCGCAUGCGCAUCUACGAGCGACCCAACUUCCAGGGUCAGAUGAUGGAGUUCAGUGAGGACUGCGAGUCGGUGCAGGAUCAUUUUCGGAGCCGUGACAUCUAUUCCUGCAAUGUCAUGGACGGCUACUGGACCCUCUACGAGCACCCAAACUACCGUGGCAGGCAGUACUUCAUGAAGCCCGGGGAGUACCGCAAGUUCAGUGACUGGGGGGCCACCUGCGCCACCACUGGCUCCUUCCGCAGAAUCACAGACUACGGCUCUUUUAUUUUUCAUUAGAUUAUCUUUUACGAGGACAAGAACUUCCAGGGUCGCUCCUAUGAGUGCAGUAAUGACUGCACAGACCUUCACUUGUACUUCAGCCGCUGCAACUCCAUCAGGGUAGAGAGUGGCUGCUUUAUGAUCUAUGAGCGCCCUAACUUCAUGGGCCACCAGUAUUUCAUGAGGAGGGGAGAGUAUCCUGACUACCAGAGGUGGAUGGGCUUCAGCAGCUGUAUCCGCUCCUGUAGGAUGAUUCCAGUGUAUCGAGGUUCCUACAGAUUGCGUAUCUAUGAGAAGCCUGACUUCAGUGGUCACAUGAUGGAGUUCAUGGAUGACUGUCCCUGUGUGUCUGACCGUUUCCAUCACCGCCAUGUCUACUCCAGUAAUGUUAUGAAUGGCUACUGGAUCUUCUACGAGUACCCCAACUACCGAGGCAGACAGUACUUCCUAAGACCCGGAGAGUACAGGAGGUACCGCGAUUGGUGCGCCACCUGCGCCAUUGUUGGCUCCUUCAGGAGAGUCACCGAAUUUUAG